AUGAGCAAACGCAUCCCCGCUCGCUUUUAUUAUCCCUCUAUAGGUGCAGGAGUCACCCGGGUCCAGCCUCCUCUGCUGACAUCACGGCUGCUCGCUGCUGGUCGCCCGGGGUCCCUCCACCACCACCACCACCUCUACUACACCAGCUCCAUUACGCACAGUGUCCCGCGGAGAUGUGUCCACGCCAUUCAUUCUCCGACGCGCACUCAGGACACAGCCGCACUCGCGCUUUUUAAGAAGGAGCUGAGCCAGAGAAGAAACAUGACAGAGGAAAGCAGAGGCAAGCGGAGGAAGCAAGCCAACCCCAGGAGAAACCGAGUGGAGGCUGAUCAGGUGAACUCACUGGGAUCUGAGGGGGAGGAUGAAGUGGGUGUUUGGAGCCUGGAGCCGCAGGAGUGCCCGGAGAUCCUGGACAAGGCCAGUCUGACUCCCAGCGAGGGCACAGAGGAGCCUGGAAGUCCCCUUCGUUCUUCACAGGGACACAGCCUGAGCCCAGAGGAGCCGCCUUCAAUCACGGACCCAGACGAAAAGGACGCAGAGACUAUGUACCGUAAAACCUCAGAUCCACAAAAUGCGUUGGAGGACUUAGCACACUAUGAGUUCCUGACGCAGCUGAGGAGAGCCUCAAACUCCUCCAGUGUUCUGGAGCAUCAGCUGUAUCACCAUGACGACCUGCCCGCAGCCAUGUGGUCCCCGGGGGUCCAUCACUCUCCUGAUGCAACAGAUGGAGGGAAGGCUCAGGCCUGUCCUUUCUGCCACAGGACGCUCCCGCGCACAGCUCUCAGGGACCACAUCAUGUUCUGUCGGGAGCAGGACGAGGGGCCCAUGGUCUGCCCCCUCUGUGGAUACACUGCCACCCUCAGGUCACACAUGGAACGGCACCUCACAUUGCACAGCCAGCUUCAGGAAAAAAGUGCUAUUACAUUGGAUCAAGGCGCAGAGACGAGGAAGUUCAAAUGCCUUCAGUGUGGGAAAGCGUUCAAGUACAAACACCACCUCAAAGAGCAUCUCCGCAUCCACAGUGGUGAGAAGCCUUACGAAUGUUCCAACUGCAAGAAGCGUUUCUCACACUCCGGCUCCUACAGCUCUCAUCUGAGCAGCAAAAAGUGCCUCAGCAGCGGAGGAGGAGGAGGAGGAGGAGGAGGAGGGGGCAGCAGCAACGGAGCCGGUGGAGCUGCGUUUAACGGCCACAGCCCCGUGUUUCAGGUCUCGUUCCAGAACUCUCUCUCUGCUGGCGGAGUGAGAGAAGCUAACGACAAACAGGAGAGCAAUAACCACUUCCCGAGGCCGGCAGAUCUGGGCCGAAUGUGGGACCCCCAGUCGGAGCUCGCUCUGAGGGCCAGCAUCCUCAAGGGUACCACUCUCCUGCCGUAUCUCAACUCGGGAACCAAGUUUGAGCAAGUUCUGCAGAAGAUGCUGAACAGGGAAGUGAAGAGGGAAGAAGAAGCGGGUGUGAAAAUAGAGGAUAAGAAAGACGCACAUAAUGAGGGAGUAGAGAAAGAAGGCAUUGGGGUACCUUGUCGGUUUUGUUCUCAGCUUUUCCCAAAUUUAGCCGUUCUCUUGCAGCACGAGCGGUACCUCUGUAAAAUGAACCGCGAGGAAACGGAGAACGGAAAACCGCACCAAGUCGCCAACGGCCUUUCCUCCAACAAAUCGCCUUCGCCCAACUGGCACUCAGUCCCGCAGCAGCUUCUAGUCGCGGUCCACUCCCCGCCUCAGGUUCCCUCACGGCUGCCGUUUUGGUCGGCCCAGGACAGAAGCAGCCCGGCAAAGAUGCUCCACCGUUCGCCCAAACCCAUGACGCCUCAGAGCAGGAAGAACACGCCCGGGUUUGGUUCUCCUCCGUGUCUUGACCUCACCAACUGCCCGCCUGAACUGCUCUCCCCCAGAAACCAGAGCGAACCCCUGGACCUGUCCAUGCCCAAGGAAAGCAAAAGCAAAACGCCCAAUCGUGCGGCAAGCAGAGGGGAGAAAAGGGAAUUCCAACAAAUCAGCAAAUUAAGCCCAAGUCAGCCUGCGUUUGUGCCUUUGCCUCAGCACCCAGGUUUUCCCGGGGCACCCAUGUUUGCCAGCUCUGUGUACAGUGCGUUUCCUGUCUUCAACCAGUCCGGUUUGGGACAUGAGGGAAUCGCUCCGCUUCCCUUUGGUCAACCAGCGAGUAGCCCCGGCUUCCUGUCUCCUGUAGCUUACAUGAUGGACAGUGAGGCAGAGGCGGCGCUCAAGAAGAUCCACCAUGAGAGACAAGCGCUCAUGGGGGAGAUGAUUAGCCGCGGUGGUCUAGAUUACCUCUCCCUAAUGGACGAUGGUUUUGAUGGUGAAGGAGGAGCCAGCAGGAAAAGACUGAAGAAGACAGAUGAAGGACUUUACGCCUGCGAUAUUUGUGACAAGACGUUUCAGAAAAGCAGCUCGCUUCUCCGGCACAAAUACGAACACACAGGCAAACGUCCCCACGAAUGUAAAAUCUGCAAGAAGGCCUUCAAACACAAGCACCACCUGAUCGAGCACAGCCGCCUGCACUCCGGAGAGAAGCCCUAUCAAUGUGACAAGUGCGGUAAGCGCUUCUCCCACUCCGGCUCCUACUCCCAGCACAUGAACCACCGCUACGCCUACUGCAGCAAGGACCAAGACCCCGACCAGGACCCCGACGACAUGCCCCUCACCCCAGGCACCGGCAGCAGCUUCGGCGGGCGCCUGGGGGACUCCGAAGACACGCCUUUGUCCUUGGAGGAGACUCAGACCCCUCAUUCAUUCCUCAGCGACUCCAGCUUGGACGGGGCCAUGGAGCCGAUGAAAGAGGAAGAAGAGGAGGAGGAGGAGUUGAUGGAUGACGCAAAUGGCGUACAGGAGUCCCCGACGAGGAAAAAGGGACAACUGAAUGAUGUAAACAGUCGUCAUGUGGAAAUGGACGCGCAGGACUUAAACGGAGACGCGGACAAAUGUGAAUUGGAGUUAGACACGACGGAUUCGCAGUUGCAAAGGAUAGAAACUAGUGACGACCUCUGA